UUCAUGAGAAAAAACAAAACAAAAGAGAUGAGCACGAAAGUUUCCUCUUGAAAACAGAUCAGCUUCCUCCAGUCUCUGCUGACGCAGAUUGGGUGAGGUGGGGAGAGGGCCAGGAGUGGGCAAGGGCCUCCAAUAGUCCUACCCUGGGCAGCUGAGAUGCAGAGCGCGGUGCCAGAUUCACCAGGGGCUCACCUUAGAGCCCAGCAUGCUCUUCCCAGGGCCGGGGUCUUGCCAAUCAUGGACAACAACUUCACCUCCUGGCUGAGCCACUCUUCCUGGGAGCGCCGGAGGGCAUGGGCCAAGCCAAGUGUGGCUGUAGAAGAAGAGGGGUCCCAUGCUGAGGAGGAGGCAUCCUGCACACCCCAAAAAGCUCUUGAACCCUCAUUCUUGGAGGAUGGUUUCUUGCAAGGGAGCUCAUCCAAUAAGAUUGAGAGCUGGCUGCAGGAAUGCAGCUCUUCACUGGACCCCUUCUCAGAGAGCAUCUCUGCUCCGGGUGCCUAUGCUGGAUCCUGCAGCAACAGAACCAGCUUUGAAGAUGACCUUAGCCUGGGAGCAGAAGCAAUGGUGCUACUGGACAAAGACAGAGCUGAGCCUAGGUCCCAAAAACAUACAUUCUGGCCUUCCCAACAUCUCAAUCUGGAUCACAGCAUGACUUCCAGUGCCUUCUCAGGCAGCACUAACAAGACCAGCUCCAGCAUCUCUGAGGUGCUGGACCUCUAUGAAGCUGAUGCUGAGACCAUCUUGUGCAACCUGGGCUUCAUACAAGAGGAGACACAGGCUGCAUCUUGGAUCCCAUCUCGGUUCUUCUCUGUUCCCUCCCAAGCUGAGGGCAUUGAUUUCCAGCUCUUCCUCAGAGCCCAGGUGCAACGGUUAGAGAUGGAGGAUCCUUGCUUGAUGUUAGCAAGUCGGUUCAAGCAAGUCCAGACUCUGGCUGUAACGGCUGAUGCUUUCUUCUGCCUCUACUCUUAUGUGUCUAAGACUCCCAUCCAAAAGAUUUCCCCUGCCCACUUGUUCUGGGCUUUCCCAGACAUCCCAGAUUCUUGGAAUGUUCCUUCCCAGCCAGAGUCUCUGCCUCCUCUCAAGCAUUUGCAAAAAGCCAUUUCCACGAUGUGCUUGUACACUUCCGCCCGAGGAGGGCCUCAAGGACCUUCUGCUGUACCAUCUUCUAUGAGUCGUCUGGAACAGGUAGUGUGGGAAGUGAUGGAAAAAGCCCGCAGAGACAAGUUCCACUUUGAUGUGGAAGGCGUGAAGGAUGAGACUCACACAGCGCUCCCUGAAGUCCCCUUCCAUCAUGGCAGAAUGGGAAGUGACUCUUCAGAGUCUACCAUAGUGGAGCUGACUCCUGUGAUUUCUUCCCACUUCUGCCCUCAAGCUACAUCUCAUUCAAAGUUGGAAUCGUGGCUUUCUCACUGCAUGGGUGGAGAAAGCAUGGAGGGGCCAGACCACCUUGGCCAUCAAGAACUGUACUGUUAUGGACACCAUUCUCUAGAAGUGGUUUCAUCUCCAGAGGAAAGCAGUGAAGAAUCCCUUGGGGAGUGGUCAGCAGAAAGGGACUCACCCACCAGAGGGGAGAACGGUAUGGACAUCUUGACAGAGUUGAGGUAGCACAGUGGCUAAGAGUGUGAGCCGUAAGCCAGAAAGCUGGCAGAUCAAAUGCUUGUGAACUUAGCAGUGAGCUGCUACAUGUUAUCUGCUUCAGAGCCACAAGUGCACUGUGGGUGCUAAAUAGUAGUGACUUGCCUUUAUUCUUGUAAAGCAGGGUUGGCUAACCCAUGGCCUGUAUCUAGCAUAACAGAAGAUAUUUUUGGCCCCAAGACCCUACUCCAUUUUGGCAUUUUUAAAAAAUUAAAAGGCAAAUAAUUUUAUAUAAUAGGCAAACUUUGAUUAAAAGGCAAAUAACUAGAGCAGAACCAAUGAAGCUGGCAAGGAGGAAACAUGGAGUGUAGCGGAUGGUUUGUGUCUUUAAAACAAUGACGAAGUACCUGUGGGAAAUUGCUCAGUGUUCCCCAUAAAGUAUUGCUCACACUGGGAAGCGCGCAAAUUGGUGUAGGGGUUGUGGAGCACGCUGGCUUUUAGCCAGGACUUCCUGUCUUGGCUCAAUAGCUUUUGAGGCUUGCUCAAGACAGUGUGUUUCCUCCAACAAUUUCUUUUGUCAUCUAGCUCAAAUAUUGAUCCAAGAGAUUGUCUAAUUAAACACUAAAAAAAAAAAGGCAUGUGGGGAUAGCUGUCGCAUUAACAUGUGACUUACGGAACUGAAAGUAAAAAGAGCAAUUUCCACAGGGGAAAUGUUCCACACCAUUUCUGAAAUGUCAUGUAAUUUUUAAAUUUUAAAUUAUUAAAAUGUAUUCUUCAUUAUUCGACUGUGAACACAUGAAACAAACUAAUUUCUAUUUUUAAAGGAAUUGGCAUAGACACCUGAACCUACUAAACCAAACAAUGUACCAUUUGAUCUGAUCCUAAACUAUAUAGUAAAUAUUUGCUAAACAAAUUGGACGACUGGAAAUCUAUUAACCACAUUAUCCUUCCUGAACAGGCUGGUUUUAGGAAAAGGGAAAGCACUAUUGAUCACUGCCUGUCUUGCAUUUCUUAGCCCAAUAAGCAACUGCUGGACCUACCAAACACUUACUUGUUGCCUUUGUUGACUUAGCAUCAGUCUUUGAUUUGAUCGACAGAAGCCUGUUGUAUAGGGUUGCCAUACGUCUGGAAUUUCCUCGACAUAUCUGGAAUUUCCUCGACAUAUUGCCUCUAGCAAUGUCUGGAUGGAAAUCAGGAAAAUGUCCUGUAAAAUCCGGAUGUAUGGCAGCCAAUGUUGGCAGUGCUGCUUUUGCCCACUUUCCAUAAAAAUAGCUUAAAACAGCAUUUUUUUUGCAAUUUUGCUAAAAAAGAAAAAGAAAAAAGCUUAAGAACUUUGGCCAAAAAACCCCAACCCUACUAUUGUGGUAUUAUAAACUGGCCACCACUAAUACGGAUAACUGUUUAUUGUUCCUAAUUGAGGAACUGGUCUAUUAAUGGUCACCAAAUUGAACAAUGCCAAGUAUUUAAGAAUCUUGGCAUCCAGUUAGAAGCUAUCAGAGCAGUGGCUAUGAGAACAAUUGGGGCAAUUCUUAGAUCUGGUUGUGCUAGCCCUGAAAAUAUUUCAAAGUAAAGUUAUUGCUCAGAUCCUGUACGGUGUGGCUGUCUGAGGAUGGCUAUUUGAGGAUGGGCUAAACUAGGCCCUCCAAAAUACAUUUCUGGGGAAUUGUUAAGACUUCCACCUGGCACUCCUUCAGCUUUGGUCAGGGUAGAGGUAGAUUCCCCCUCCAUUCGAUCUCCCAUCCAUUUCCCCAUCCAUACUGGUGAAUCAUAAAAGUGUCUCCUGGUAGCGUAUUCCCCCAGUUAUGUUUGGAGCAGGUAUCAAACUGCAAAAGUUGGAACUUAAAAUAUUGGAAGGUGCUUUAUUCAUAUCCUACUCCAUUCAAUCAUUUUUCUGCUCUGAAUUUGGAAAAUUUAGAAUUAUUUAGAAUUAUUAAUGUCUUCUCUGGCAAGGACAUUCUAUAUAUUUUCCAUGGUGGAAAAUACAUAUAAUGUCCUUGCCAGACAGAACAUUAAUAAUUCUAAAUUUUUGAAUUAAUAUAGACUUUACAAAUUGGACCACCAAAUGGCUGCUUACCUUGCAAAGCUCACAUUUCCAAAGCUUAGGCAAGCAUUUGCAGCCCUUUGUUUCCAAACAAUGCCCACAGCUAUGAUUGUCAGCACUCUCAUACUCCCUUGGCACUCUGCUUGUGUAUUUGUGGGGCCCCAGAAGUUGAGGAACUGCUUCACUAUUUGUUCUUUGGUUCACUUUAUUCCGAACCAAGCACCAAAUUUCUGGGAUCUGUUCUUACUCAUCAAAUGCCAUUCCACAAAACAUUUUCUACCUUCUGUUGGACACAGAUUGUAGGGUAACCCACAAGGUCUCUCUUUUUACCGUAGCAGCAAUGGAAACCUGGGCAGGAGUUGUUAAGGAGAUGGCAGUCGACUGCUUGGAGGAUGUGCUUAUUUAAGCAUAAUAUAUUUUAAUAAUUAAUGUUUUUUAUCUGUAUUGAAUUUCAGUUUGUAAAUUUCAUACAUGCUACAUGCGAUUUACAUAGUAUUUUGAAGAUGUUUUAUGUAUGAUUCUAGGCAGUAAUGUUACUUUAUGCAAUACUUUGACUUGGAUUUUGCAUUGUAUUUAUCUAUCUUAUUUAUCUUAUAUGUGAAUGGCCCAAGCAUUAAUAAAUUACCUUCCUACCACAAACUGAGAAAGAGCCUAGCAAUUAGGACAUUGAUCGGGUGAUUAGCCUUC